CACCCGCCCGCCCCGAUCCUUCCAUCCAAACCCAUCAACCGCCUCUUCUCCAUCCAGCCAUUCUUCUCCCUCCCUGCCGGCGCCCAACCCUUCUCCAUCUCCUCCCGCCAUUGAUCGCCUCGCCCCCAGGGCCCGUAUGCAUAUAGAACUUCUCCCCACCGCCAUUGAUCAACAGAUCCCGGCCGGGCCUUGGCUGGCUUUCCUCGCCGGCGUCGUGCACACGUACGCCCCCGCGCGCAAAAAGGGAUUAUUCUAGAGUGAGUAAUAACCGUGGGGCGGGACGAUGGGGCGCGUGAAGCUGCCCAUCAAGAGGAUCGAGAACAACACGAACCGGCACGUGACCUUCUCCAAGCGCCGGAACGGGCUCAUCAAGAAGGCAUACGAGCUCUCCGUCCUCUGCGACAUCGACAUCGCACUCCUCAUGUUCUCCCCUUCCAAACGCCUCUGCCCCUUCUCCGGCCGCCACGGCGUGGAGGACGUGCUUCUCCGGUACCUCAACAUGACGGACCAUGACAGGGGAGAACCCAUCCAGAAUCGGGAGUACCUCAUCAGCAUGCUCCAAAGGCUUAAGCGUGAGAGCGACAUGGCGACGCAGAUGGCCAACCCGGGGGCAUUGAACGAGAAGAUCGAGGAGAUUCAGCAGGAGAUUUACGGCUCGCAACAGCAACUCCAAAUCUCUGAAGAACGCCUCAGGCUGUUUGAGCCGGAUCCCGCGGCGUUCGGGUCCGCCAGCGAGAUCGACGGCUGCGAGAAGUUCCUGAUGGACAUGCUCACACGAGUCGUCGAGAGGAAGAAUUACUUGCUGAGCAACCACAUGGCCCCGUUCGACCCGACGGCGCCCGGAAUGCAGGGCGGGAACGGUCCGCAGAUGUACGUGCACCACCACCACCACCCGGCUCCGCAGCAGGCAGCAGGGGAAGGUUCCGGCCUGGUGGGCGCGUUCGCCGCCGACGCGGCGGCCCUAUGGGCCUCAGACCCCAGCGGCGGGCCCAGCAACCCGGCCCACCACAACCUCUUCGCGGCCUCCGACCCCAUGAUCUACCUCCGUGACCAGGACGUGUACGAGGCGAGCUCCUCACAGGCCGAGGCGUGGCGGCAGGCGUACACGUGCACGGAGCUGCUCUCGACGCUCAUCCCGGCCACGCCCUUCCCACUCAUGCAGCACUGCCUCGGCCCAGACGACGGCGGCCCAUACGGCAAUGGCGGCCUGCCGGCGAUGGCGACGACGAUGCAGCAGCAGCAGGAAGUGGAGGCGUCGGCGAGCUGCUCGUACACCAUGCCCACCAGCGACGAGACGGCCGGCACGCCCCCCGUCCUGCAGCCCGCCGCCUACGACUCCGCCGCCAUGCCGCCGGGCAUCCCCUGAGGCCUCAUUUUCAGAGCUUAUAUAUUUCAUGACCACCACGACCCGGGCAGGAGCUCAUCAACUGCACUAUUUUUUUUGAGAGAUUCAACUGCACUAUAAUAAUCAUACAGGUAUGAAGAUUAAUACUUGUAGCUAAUAUGGUAUCCUACAAUCCGACAAUCCGACAAUAAUUUUUGCUACUGUACUUCAUUUUUAUAUGUACUGCACUCUUGGACAAAAUUAACACUCGGCCUGGAGCAAGGUCUGAACUGAAGAGCGAAGAGGAUGGAGUUGGGGGUCAAAAGAAAGACAGCGCGGCGGAAGCAGGGAAGCUGCUCUCCUGUAAAGCUGUGCUGUCGCGGCAGGCACCAAAAAGCUUUUCCGCAUCGUCUCUGACCGAUGACAAAGAAUGUUGGUGGUUCCUUAGCCAUGAAUUAACCCCGUUCUUCUCU